AUCAAAAACCAUUCUCUCCUUGUUCACAGAGCAUCUGCUUUCGUUGUAGUAUUCAUUUUUCUAAGUCUACUUUGUUUACAAAGAAAAAGAAGAAAAGUCGAUCCCCUAAUUUCUGCUUCAAUUCCGCCAUGUCUUCCGUCCAAGUGGAGAAGAGAAAACGCCAAGGCGAAGGCAAAUCACGGGAAGAUAACGGCGGGCACAAACGGCCGGCGGUGGCGCCGCCUCCGGAUGAAGAAGUGGAGGAGUUUUUCGCUAUGGUGAAGAGAAUUCGGGUGGCGCUCAAGUAUUUCAAGAAUCGUGACGGCGUCAGAGGUGGUGCGGCGGCGAAGCCUGCGUGGACGUUUGAGCGAGAGGACUUUGACGGAGUUAAGACGGACCCGGAAGGCUCUCACGCGGGUCUGGAUCUUAACUCCGACCCGGUUUCGGAUGGAUCUGAUUCCGUUUAAACUUUUAAGGCGUUGUUUGUUUCUAACGCUAACAAUAAUUGUUUGUUCGAUUGUUGUGAACUAACUCAUGUUUCCAAACCAUGAGAUUAUCUUAGAAACACAAAGAUGCUUCUGAGUGUAUUACUAGUAUUUGUUUAGCAUUUCUGAAUUAAAAUUGGAGAAUUCUAGACACUCGAGAUUACGAUGCA